AAUGACAGAAAAGGAAGAAAUGAAAAAGUGCUUCUUCUGUCAGGAAAAGGAAGCAAAAUACACAUGUCCAAAAUGUAAUUACCCUUAUUGUUCUUUGGUUUGUUAUAAAGGUGAAAAGCACUUGAAUUGUUCAGAAAAUUUUUAUAAGGAAUGUUUCGUCGAAGGUCUAAAGGAUAUGAAUAAUGAUGACGGCAACAAGAGGAAAAUGAUAGAAAUUCUUAAUAAAAUGAGAAAAGACGAGGAUCCAGAUCUUAAUAUUGAAUCGCUUGAGGAUCGAAUUGAAGGAUUAGAUUUAGAUAAUGAUACUGAAGAGCUCUGGUCAAAGCUAACUGACGAGGAGAAAUCAGAAUUCGAAAGACUUUGUAAGAAGGGUAAUGCCUUUGUGGAACCUUGGAAUCCUUGGUGGUAUGAAUCUGUCAACUUAAGGCCUAAUUUAACGGAAGAAAUACUUCCCCUACAGACUUUACUAAAAAAAGAACCAUCUAAGACCCUGGCGUAUUCUAUACUAAAUACUCUUCUCUGUUACUGCUAUAUAUGUCGUAGAUUUAACGGCGAUUACAUCGAUUUAUCAUCAGAAGCCGCUCAGGAAGUUCAAGGAAUAUGCGGACCUCUUGCCUGUAAUGAAACAUUCAUAGAUAUAGCGUCAAGUUUAAGCUCUUUUUCGAAAGCCCUCAAAGUUGACGAAGGAAAAAAGAAAACAAACAAUCUCCAAACAGAGAAAAAGAGAAAAGAGAUAUAA